GUCCCCACAGCCUCCCUUCCUAAUGCAGAUGUCCCUCUCCAAAACCACAGCAGGAGGAAAAGACUCCAAAAAGAUCAGGUGCCCUGUGCUGGGUCCGUUUGCAAGGGAUGUGUUGUGGGCACACAGGAUCAUUUCUUUGGCUAUACCCGAAAUGGAGAGCUCCACUCUGACUUUUGACACCUUUCAGCGAGGUCUCAAAGUCCAAAGAGGGGGCUCUAUGAAAAGCCAUGGGAAGUUGAGCUCCAAGAGCAGAGGCUGCUUUUCAAGCUCAUGUUGCUGCUCCUUGGUACAUAGCUGCUCUGAAUGAGCAAACUCCACAGGAAAGAUGAAAUUUGAGGAUCUCUUGCUGGAGAUUGGGGGCUUUGGCAGAUUCCAGAUUUUGAUUUUGGCUAUCCUCUGCCUCGCAAGAAUCAACCUUCCCAUGCAUUUCCUGCUGCACAAUUUUCUUGCUGCUACCCCCUCUCAUCACUGUGCAAUUCCACACCAAGAGGCAUUUGUAAAUCUCACCGUGGAGGAAGUUCUGCUCAUCAGCAUCCCUCGGAAGCCCGACGGCACCUUCAGCUCCUGUGAGAUGUUCUCACAGCCUCAGUUCCACCUGCUGCUCAACUCCUCUCUGCAAGCAGUAAACAAAUCCAUCAUCCAGCACUGCCAGCACGGAUGGGUCUAUGACCACUCGCAGUUCACCUCCACCAUCUCCACCCAGUGGGACCUCGUGUGCGAGCAGCGUGGGCUGAACCAGGCAACAGCAACCUUCUUCUUCAUCGGCGUCACGAUGGGGGCCAUGGUGUUCGGGUACCUUUCCGACAGGUUCGGAAGGAAGACCAUGCUGCAGCUGUCCCUGAUGUGCUCCCUGGUUUUUGGGAUGCUGAGCGCCGCCUCCGUGUCCUACACAAUGCUGGCCGUCACACGGACCCUCACCGGGGUGGCCCUGAGUGGCCUCUCCCUGAUUGUCCUGCCUUUGGGGAUGGAGUGGGUGGACGUCCAGCACCGCACCUUCACCGGGAUCCUGAGCAGCAUCUUCUGGAGCGUUGGGAACAUGCUGCUGGCCCUGGCAGCCUACCUGGUGCGGGAGUGGCACUGGCUGCUGGUGGCCGUGACAGGACCUUGUCUCCUGAGCAUCGUCUGCCUGUGGUGGGUCCCAGAGUCUGCCAGGUGGCUCAUAGCCAGGGGCAAAGUGAAGCAAGCUCACAGGCACCUGCUCAGAUGUGCAAGAAUGAAUGGAAGGAAAGACUUUGCUGUCUCACCAGAGGCCCUCACAAGGAUGGCAACAGACAAAAACAUGGGAGGGAGUUACUCCUACAUCAGCUUGUUCAGGACCCCAGUCCUGAGGAAGAUCUCUCUGUGCUCUGGUGUGGUGUGGUUUGGUGUUGCCUUCUCUUAUUACGGCAUGAGCAUGAACCUGACUGGCUUUGGGCUCAGCAUCUACCUCUCCCAGUUUGUCUUCGGCGUCAUUGAGAUCCCAGCCAAGAUGGCCAUGUACGUGCUGGUGAACCGAAUUGGCCGGCGGCAGAGCCAGGCGUGGACACUCAUCCUGGCCGGAGUCUGCAUAGGAGCCAACAUCGUCAUUCCCAAGCCCUUCGCCUCCCUGCGUUCAGUAGUGGCCAUUAUGGGCAAGGGUUGCUCAGAGGCUGCCUUCACCACCGUCUUCCUCUACACCUCGGAGCUCUACCCCACCAUUCUGAGGCAGAACGGGAUGGGGUACACCUCCUUCAUGGCACGCCUGGGAGGGGCCCUGGCCCCGCUGGUGUUCCUGCUGGACGAGGUGUGGCGGUCCCUGCCCGAGGUGACCUACUGCGGUGUCGCGGUGUGCAGCGGCGCCGUGGCCUUCCUGCUCCCGGAGACGCUCAACGUGCGCCUUCCUGAGGGCAUCGAGGACAUCGAGAAGCCACGAGUAAAAGUGCCUCCAGAAGCCAGCCCUCCUGAGGGCGUGCCACUGCAGGCUCUCCUGAAGUGAGGAACCCUGUGGGACAGCCACCACGUAGGACUACACAAAAUGAGCCAUGCUCUGAUCUGCCAGGGAAAGAGCCUCUGCUGCCCACCGAUCUCACUGCCAAGGGAAGCGGAACUGAGGACUCUGGAGGAAGGAGGCAGAUCAGGACAGCAGCUGGCAGGAGCUAACCCACCCUGUGGUGUGGCCAGCAGCAAGGAUGCUCAGGUCUAACAGGGUGUGGAAAUAAAGGCACCUUGUGCUAAGCUCUUCCAGUCUUUGGCCUUGUUGGACUUGGACCUUCCAGAUCCGUGUACAGCCUUCCAGAAACUACAGCCCACUGGUUCAUACACCUCGAGAAACAAUGCAGCGAGAAAAAUACUGAGUGUGAAUCACACAAACCCAAACAAGCUCUAAUAAAUCCA